AUGUCUGCUGCUUCUGCGCGACGUGAGAGGGACGUUCCUGACCCUUCUCUUGUACUCCCCAACAACGCAUCGCGUAAACGGCGUGCUCCUCAUCGAGCUGAUGAGUCCCCCAAUGAGCGAAUUUCCAUCGAUGACUCCGACUCCAAUGACGAGGAAUCGAGCCGGCGCAUCAAGCCUGUCAGGAAGCGCGCUAAAAACGCUGUAAUUCCAGAUGCCGAGACAGAUGCGGAGACAGAUGCUGGGAAAGAGAUGGAUGGCGAAGCCUUUGGAUCUUCUCAGGCUUCGUCCAUCCUUCCCAGUCCAUACGAGGAAGAUGCGGAGGGCAUGCUGAAAAAUGUGCAUGUCACCGCUGUCGAAGAUGUGGAUGUGAAUGCACCACUGAACGAUACCAAGCCGACCGCCGACCUCGAAUACUUCUACAGCAACAAGCACCAGCGCAAGACUUUGGUCCGAGGAGGUGGGGAAGCAAUGAAGAUACAUUACGACUGCGUAGCUCGCCGGCUCAAGAAGGCUGACAAGGUCUCGUUCGUCAAGGAUGUAUCCACCAGACGGCGGCACCUUGCUUCAAAGCAUCCGCGCGAAUACGAAAAGUUCUGUCGAGAAAAGAACUUUUUGUCGAUGCUUGAAGCGGAUGUGGCUGACUGA